CUUAGUAUUAAUUUUCCCUGAAAAAUCUCUUUUUCCCUCUUUCUUUCAAAGCCAAUUUUCUCUUCAUUUCUCUCUCUCUCUCUAAAAAAAUAGUAGUAUCCAAAGACCCUUUUCUCUUAUUCCUCUUCUACUUACCAUCUCUCCCUUUGUUGGUUUUGGUUCUAAUCAGACAUGGGUUUUUCAAAGAAGACACAGGUGGAUUCAGGUUUGGACUCUGAAGGGAAGAAAUGGGUGAUCGCCGGAAUAGCAAUAAGGACUUCACUGAAGCCGGUAAACACGAAAUCAAGAGUGAAAGAUUGCGAUGGUGACGAAGAGGAGUUUUCUACUACGCCAACAGCCAAAGAGGCAAGAAUACCGGAGAGAUUGCCAUGCCCGCCUGCUCCAAGGAAGCGGCGGCCGUCUUCAAGGUGUAACUACAGUGGUGUUAGGGAGUUCUUUACUCCUCCUGAUUUGGAAACAGUGUUUAAAUGCUAUGUUGAGAAAGCAAAUUGAGAGGUCGACUUCAAGAAUUAGGGAUUUUGUAGUGUUAUGCUCUAUUUAAUGGGUUUGUUUUUUGGUGUAUUAGUUGCUCUUAUUUUCCUUGUACUUGGGUAGUGAUUAGGAGUUGAAGAUGUACAAAAGUUAUGGUAUUUAUGAAAUGGUUAGUUCCCUUUUA